GGAAAGUACACUACUUCACCAACCAUAUUCGUAACAGCAGAACAUCACAGAGCACAUCUGAGACACGAUGCCGCCACUGUCUGGCUUGAAAAUGCGUCCGCAAGAUCCUUCAAGAUUUGUAUCCGAGAGCUUCAAAACUUUGCCGGAGUUCAUGACGACAUUUCCGUGGUAAGCUUAUAAUGGAAAUCAUGAGACAAUAGAUUGUUCUACACGGACAUACUCACUUUCACCUACUGUACAAUGUCAUAUUCUUUUCUUCCAUUUUUACAUUUGCAUUUUCUCAAAGCCUGCAGUGCAUCCAUCGUAGUUUGAGGAGUAGUGAGACAGCGAGAGCACAAUAUUUCGUAAUUCCUGCAGUCGCCCUUUUUUAAUUUUAAAGAAGAGGAACAUGGGGAAAGUAUAGUGCUGCCUGUCACUAUUGCAUCUUUAGUUAGUGCACCACAUCCUGAGCUACUUCUACUGUGCCGCUUCCGGGGGAUACUACCUAUAAUGGCCUAUACGGGGAGGCUAGCGCUCCGCCUGAAAGGAGUACCUUUUCCAGGCUUCUGGUAUAUGAAAGGAUAGGGAAAUCUGUAGACUUUCUAAAACUCCUUUAUUUUUCUCCUGGUUGGUUCAUCGCUCGCUCGGUCGGUGCGCAAUCUCAUGCAUUGAAGCUCGCUUCGCUCAUUUUUAAUAACUUGUAAGAGGUCGACUUGUAGCAAGUCUAGGAAAUCUGUCAUUUCGGUCUGUAAAAAGGCCCAAAAGGGUUACCAGAUGCGUUUUAUGGCUGUGAAAAAGUCGAGAAAAAGUGCUGGUUUUGUAAUUUAUUCAUAUUUAAAAGUGGGACGUUCACAGGAAUACAAAGUUCUAAUCUAGAAACAUGAAAGGGUUAACAUUUGCCAAUAAAAAGUACAGUCAAACCCUCUUUAAUACGGGCACCAAAGGGACAGAACCAAGUGUCCGCUUUACAGAGGUAACCGUAUUAUAGAGGUAGGGAUGGAUGAUUUUUGGAAUUUCUGAGACCAAACGAACUGUCCUUAAUGGAGAGUUGUCCGUAAGGAGAGGUUAGACUGUAUACAAAAAGAGCUACCUUUUUUGUCAAAAAUGGUAAUAUAUAAAGGGGUAAAGGGUUGGGCGUUGGGGCGGGGCUCCACAUACAAACUUUGUUGAGCAAUCCCCGGGUGACCCCCGGUGCACUGCUCCCCCCACCCGUCUCUCUCCCUCUCUCCCUCUCUCUACCCACCGCCAGACAUUUUUUAAUUUCUUUUGUUGUUCCAUUGCAGAACUGGAUAGCGUUCGAAUCGAUUCAUAGGCCCCUAUUCUCAGAGCAUAAUGAUAUAAAUUUUCCAAACGGGAAUGUACUCUCGAAAAGCAAUAAUUUCGCUUUCUGCAAGGUAUGUAACUAAUCCCUCUCCCCGUAGCUAGAAAGCAAGACUACCAACGGGGAUAAGUUUAGGAAAAACAAGUCUUUUCUUCAAAACAAUUCGUAGAGACUCGAGCACUUAAAAGUUAUACCCUUUUUUGAUAAUGUUUUGAAUUGAAAAAAGGAGAGAGAAUAAAGUUCGAUGUUCAUUCCAUGUAUUCAAACGUUUUUGAGAAAAUACUAAAAGAAACAAAGUAACUUAAAUGCGAGUAAAGUGUUUCUUUUAUUUCUAUGACAGGACGUGAGUUUCGUACGAAGUUACAACAAUUUUCCAACAGUGCUGCUAACAGCCAAACAUUCUAGCAGUGGAGGAAACGCGGCCCCAGAAUGCAACGGAAUUGUCAGCUGGGUUGAGGUCCAUAUUCUAUAAUUGCUACCACAGGCAGACCAUCGUUUGAGUUAUAGCCUGUGUCAACCAACACGCUCGGCUUGAUUCAAGUGAUCGGGCAGAAAUACCGAUUUUUGCAGCAUUUUGAACCCCCAGUCAAAAGUUGAAAUAAUGUAAAAAAAAAAAAAAAAAGAAAUGAAAGAAAGAAUGGUGAAUGAUUUUUACUUACCGGUUGCUUUUAGUACCGUCUUCUGCGCGCCUUUUGGUGGCCAGUUUUGAGUCGCUUGAAAUUAGCGCCCCGGAUAACGUUUUUCGUUGUAUUACGUAUCUUGUCGGAGAGCCAACUUCAAACCAAUGCAAACGACUCAAAACGCCACCUAAACCCAAAAGACCACACUAAAAGCAAAACAUAAGUAAACUUUAUUCAUUCUUGAACAUUAUAUCAUCAUUGGGGACCAAAGGGUACUACAUUCUGCAUUUUAUUCUGAUAUGAUUUCUCCCGAUCAUUUGAACCAAUCCGAAAGCGGUCGUUACCAAAUACAGUAAAUCUCUGAGGUUAUAUAUCUCGCAUGGUGACAACACGCUACCUCGAGCAGUUCCGAUCAGGCACGGUCUGCUUCCACUGCUAUCUUAGACACCUUACAUGUAGAAUAUCGCUACAAGCCAUAGCGUGCAUACUUAUAAUACAGACUGAGUAACUAAAUGUAUUACGUAACCAAACAUUAACUACCUGCCCGGUUAGCUCUAUUAGGAAAGCCCUUGACUGCUGACUGUGAGUUCGUGCACCCAAUGCGUUGGUGUCUACAAGAGCUUGCUGUCUAUAAUUCGUAUUAUUCCCUUUAAGGGGGGGGGGGGGCAUUGUCAGCAGGCUUGCCUGUUUACAGUCGCGCUCCUGCCUCAACGAAACGUACUAGUCUUACUCUAAUAAUAUCUAAUGAGUUGGUCGGGAAGUGAUGCAUUUUCAAUCUCAGUCUCCUUUUGAAUAACAAUCUGCCCUUUUCUUGUCAUGGAAAAAAUACAUUUAUUUAUGAAAACAUUCCUUUCACAAACUUUUAUCUUUUCCUUGACUUUAAGUUUAUCAACAACUCUGGAUUUCGAAUUUGCGUCAAAGAACUCUUUGUUCAGCAGUUUGAUCCACUGACUGUAUCAUAUGCAGUAUUGGCAGGUAUAAUGAGAUCCAUUGCAUUCAGUAUAACAAAUAAAUUUUGAAUAAAAACUGCUCCUAUAUUGGCCAAGUAUUACAGACAAAAGUAGUGAAGGUGUACUUUCUUUAGUAAGUUAUGAUGAUUAAGUGUUAUCCGGUAGCUAUUGUACUUGACAAUCGAAGUCAAUAUUAAAGCAGAAUCAUCAUGUGAAAGCUAAGUCACGGUUAGAGGAAUUAUUUUGAAUUCUUAAUUUGUACUUAAUGAUUAAAAUGAGGAAAAAAUUUCCCUGGUUUGUGCUUUAAAACAACGAAAAACUGAUACUAUUUGACGUCCUUAAUUGCAAAAAUUUGUCGCCUUAUAGGAAUUAAAAUGAUACUUUCUGCCACUGCUUCAUUUAUUAUGGUAAUUAAACAAGGAGGGUGCAAUUUGGUCUGAAAUCAUGUGCUUAAUCUCAAAAUGAACGAGCGAGUGAACACGAGUUCGAUUUGAAAUCACAAGACCGUAUUGUUUCAGACCUAAAUUGCACGACACGAGUUUGAAUAACCACUGAUUUUGAAAUCAGGAAGUAUUUGAAUCCUGUAUUGACGGUAUUAAAUUAGAUUAAAUUUAUACAGGAUUUUAGUCGGUACCAAUAUUUUAUUAAACUAAACAGAAACUUGAUGCGAUUUAGAACCAAAAACGAAGUGGUAUGGAUCAGAACUGCUUUUUGAACAUAAACGAUGUGAUUUAGUAAAGAUUGUAAUCAUAUUUAAAGUAUGAAAAAUAGUUUGAUUAAUUCGUGAAUAUCUCACACUGCUGAUAGCCAAUCAGACUGAAAGGAUCCGAGGCAAUUUCAAAAUGGAUAUAAUAAAUUCGAUUAUUAUUUUACAGACAUAUGUCCCAACGACUGGACCUACUUUGAAGGAUACUGUUACAGAAAAGUGUCUUCCUGUGAUUCGUGGAACGGUAGUCAAGGAAAAUGUUCCGUUCUGGGUGCUAAUCUUCCCAGUAUCCACAAUCAGGAAGAAAAUGUCUAUGUUCAAAACCUCCAUGGUGGGGAGAAUUCUUGGUUGGGCCUCACUGAUAUCAACUCUGAAGGAACGUUUGUGUGGAGUGAUGGAACUUCUUUUAAUUUCCAUUACUGGGCAAGCCACCAACCAAACAACUUCAAAAAUGAAGACUGUGUCCAUACCCUUGGGUUUCUUCGUGGUCAUGAGUACAAGUGGAAUGAUGUCAAUUGCUCUGACUGUCACAAGUUCACUUGCAAAAAAGGUACUCCCUUAACUAUGUAGCAAAUUCGGGAAAAGAACUCAUGCAGAAAUAAAGUUAAGGACAAUUUAAUGCUACUAUAAACAGCCAAGCAAUUCCUGAACAAAACAACUUUAUCGACCAAAAAUGUUGUGCAGCUGCAAACUGUAAGAAUCGAUUGGAAGUAAAUGACCAAUCAGGUCGAUUUUCAUUUCGGCCAUUACAGUUCGCAUCUCUGACCUAAAGCGUUUAUGUUCCUCCUAAAAUUGAUUGCCUUGAAUUUUUCCGUAUUCCAUUUUUGCUUUCUUCGUCCAUCUUUAUGCGUUUUCAUAGCCGGAAUAGAUCAAGAAAGGACUAAUUGGGGUUUACUUACAGUGUGCAUGCAAAUUCUUUUCCUUUUUCUUUUUUUUUUUUUUUUUUUUUUUUUUUUUGGAAUCGGUGUACCUAGUAUCGAGGAUUCCCGCAACUAAGAUUUUCAUAACAACCACUAAGAUUUAAUUUUUUUUAUGAAAAAUUAUUUAAGAAUUUUUUUUUUUAGUGUUUUAUUUUUUAAUUUGUUUUAAUUAUAAUUCUAAACGUGCACAAGGCUUUUUCCACUACUGUCCAGUUAACCCCCCUUGUCUGAACAAUUGUGGUUCAUUUUUAGUGUUUUUUCUAUUUUGUUUUUUAUUUUUUUUUCUUUUUUUUUUUUUUUUUUUUUUUUUUUUUCUUUUAUGGAAUCGGUGUACCUAGUAUCGAUGAUUCACGCAACUAAGAUUAUCAUAACAACCACUAAGAGUUAGAUUACUUACUGAAAGAUUAUUUCAGAAUCUUUUAUUUUAGUGCUAUAUACUUUAAAUUGAUUCAAUUCAGAUUAUAACGAGUGCCAAGGCUUUUCCCACGACUGUCCAGUGAACGCCACCUGUGUGAACAAUGAUGGUUCUUACACCUGUCGAUGCCCCUCUGGAUAUCGCCUUAGUGGAAAGAACUGUACAGGUGAGUAG